CGUGUCGGUCGGAGCUGGGCGAGAGAGCUUUGCCACCGGGAUGUGACGACAUUCGUUGACCACUCGGUGUCAUGGCGCUCGCUGGAGUUGGUCUCCUCUUGUUCACCUCGCUUGCAAGCGGCCUUCAGGUCCGUGGCAAAGCAGACGUGUUUGUGCACGCGCCAGCUGCACAAAGCAUUUUCCUGCGUUCCAAACGAGCAAACUACUUCCUGGUGGAGGAGAUCCUGCAGGGCAACCUGGAGCGGGAAUGUCACGAGGAGCGCUGCACUUUUGAGGAGGCCAGGGAGUAUUUUGAAGACAACGACAAGACGGUCAAGUUCUGGAGCACUUACGAGAAUCGGGACCAUUGCGAGCCCAACCCCUGCCUUCAUGGUGGGAACUGCACUUACAAGCCGGGCGGAUUCCACUGCUCCUGCUCCUCCCCCAACCAUGGAAUCAUUUGCCAAUUGGAAGCCCAGGCAGACAUGGACAGCCAGGAAGAUGAAGGAGGGAUCCAAAAAGCAGAGGUGGUAGCAGGAAGGUUCCCGUGUCCCACCGAAGGCCCCGACGUUUGUCACCAGCUGUGCACGGCGACUUCUCACUCUUUCACGUGCUCCUGCGUGGCAGGAUUCAAACUGCAGAGUGAUGGACGAAGUUGCCUGCCUGAAGGGGAGUUUCCUUGUGGAAGACUUCUUGGCUCCGCUCAGACAGUAUCAAUGUGUCAGCACGGAAACUGUCCGUGGCAGGCAUUGCUGCUGGUGAGCGGAGGGACGGAGCUAUGUGCCGGUGUUUUGUUGGGUCCGCGCGCCGUCCUAACUGCCGCCAGUUGCCUCCUACGGGAAUCUCAUCCGCAAGCUUCCAAUUUUUUUGUCAUUCCUGGUAACCUGGACACAACAAUGUCCGUUAAGGCGUUCCACAUUCACAAACGUUUCAUUCUAAACCACCAUGACAACGACCUGGCCCUCCUGGAGCUGACCUCCCCAUUGCCCCUUGGCCCCACCGUCCGCCACCUUUGUCUGCCCACCAAGGAUUUCAGUGAAAACAUCCUAAUGAAUUCCGGGAAGUUUGGUGUUGCAGCAAGCAUGAACCAACACAUGGACCAGAACCUCAUCUACAUGAGUUUGGACGAGUGUCGCGGCCAGCUCAACGUCUCACUCCCACUCAGCAAUAAAAUGUUCUGCGUGACGGGACGGACUGGAAAAAUAGUGAUGCACGGUCAGAAAUCAACGCAGAAGGGUAGUGGCGAUGGAUUAAGUUCAACAGAUUGGCAAUGUGGCGGUCUGUUGUCCGCAAUGCCUCUCGCCACGGUGGAAAAAGGGACGGCGUUUCUGACUGGGCUGCUCAUCGUGCCACGUAAAGGAUGUCUGGGGAACGGGCUGGUCUUCACCAAAGUGUCCCGACACCUGGUCUGGAUAAGACAGCAUCUGGAGGCCAUUCACUCACACGACGGCACGACCCAACAGUCAAAAAGAACCUCAAACUGGGACAGCUCAUGAGUGACCGACUCACACAUUUGCACACCAAGGACGUUCUGUAUAUUACUAGAAAUUUUAACCACUGGCCGCAUUAUAGUUAUACCUUCGCUCAGAGGCAUCCUAUUAGUAUAUAUACCUGUACACAAGAAAUUGAUUGAUAACUCAUUUUGAAAUCAGAAGUCAAGGAGAACAAUUUGUUCAAACGUUGCUCAAUCUAGUUUUAAAAAUGUGUUUCUUUGGAAUAUCUCACUGCAAUUUUAGUGUCGUUCUGAACGUGUACCAUGAACCAGUUGCGCACGAUUUGCUGGACGGGGCACAUCAAAUCCUAUUUGACAUCUGUGUGUCUCUGGAGGAUGGGAACCUUUGACGGACUGACUGAGAUUGGGGACGGGAAGAGUCAAAAAUGAUGAAAUGCGAAAACAACUUUUUUUUCUCUCCAAAUCGCAGACAAAAAAUAAAAUAAACGUGUAGAAUGAAUCCAGACAAUAAAACCUGUAUGUCAAAUCA